AUGGCCUUCAAAGCGGUACCCCAAGUCAACCCUUGGGAGGCUCACGCCCUUAACUGUUCUCUACCAGAACAGAGACUUGUUCCCCAAACACCCACUUCGUACCCGGCCGUCCGGGACGAUCUCAUUUACCCAGGCCUAUAUUCGGGCACUGGGUUUGAUUUGAUGUCUAUUCUGCUGCAAGUCACAGGCCGCCCGCAUCCCAGUGUUGAUCUGGGCCCUGUCGAUUGCUCGGUGGCCGUUAUUGUAAGCGACCUCGAGCUUCCCGACAUGCCAAUCGUCUACGCCUCCGAUGCUUUUUGUGAAUUGACUGGCUAUUCCCAACCCGAAAUUCUUGGGCAGAACUGCCGCUUCCUCCAAAAUCCUGGCCCCAGCAGUCCGCCUGCAUCACACACUGAGGCUGCCGCAAAUAAGGCAGCUCUCCAACAUCUGCGCCAAGCUGUUUACGCCCAGCAAGAGAUCCAGACCAGGAUCUGCAACUACAAGAAGAAUGGGCAACCCUUCAUAAACUUUCUCACUGUCAUCCCAGUCCAAUUACACGGACGACGAUAUUCUGUCGGGUUCCAAUGCGAAGACGAGGAGUGA